AUGUCCGCCGCCGCGGUCGUCCCGAAGCUCUUCCAGCCAGCCAAGCUCGGCACACGCAUGCUGGCGCACCGCGUCGUCAUGGCCCCUCUGACCCGUUUCCGCGCAAACAAAGACCACAUUCUCGGCGAGAUGAGCCAGGACUACUACGGACAGCGGUCGCAUACGCCCGGCGGUCUUAUCAUUUCAGAGGGCGCGUUCAUCAGCCCGAAGGCAGGCGGGUACGGCAACGUGCCUGGCAUCUACAAUGACAAGCAGGUGGCGAGCUGGAAGACGAUCACAGACAUUGUACACGACAAUGGUUGUCGGAUAUUCUGCCAGCUGUGGGCUUUAGGAAGGGGCGCACGGGUAGAAGUUCUCGAAGAAGAAGACCCGGCGCUCCCCUACAUUUCAUCAUCUGCCGUUCAACUGACCGGCUUCCCCAAAGUGCCGCGUGCACUCACCAUCCCCGAGAUCAAAGAAUACGUACACACGUACCGCGACGCGGCGCUCAACGCCGUCCGCGCGGGCUUUGACGGCGUCGAGCUGCACUGCGCAAACGGGUACCUCCAGGACCAGUUCCUGCAGGACGUGUGCAACAAGCGCACGGACGAGUAUGGCGGGUCGAUAGAGAAUCGCUGCCGGUUUUCGCUCGAGAGCGUCGAGGCGAUUACUAACGCGAUCGGAGAGGAAAAGGUCGGAAUACGCGUGAGUCCGUGGGGCGAUGCCCAGGAUAUGCACAUGCCGGAUCCGAUCCCGACGUUCUCGUAUCUCAUUUCCCACAUCGCGUUGAGGUACCCCAAUCUCGCAUACGUGCAUGCAGUCGAGCCGAGCGCGAGCGGCGACAUCGACAGGAUAAAACUAGAGCAUGAGUCGAAUGACUUUCUGAGGGAGAUCUGGUCCCCGCGUACGUUCAUCAGUUGUGGAUGCUACACGCGCGAAACCGCGUUCGAGACGGCAGAGAAAAAGGGCGACCUGAUUGCGUUCGGUAGACUGUUCAUUCCCAACCCUGACCUGCCCUUGCGUCUCGCGGCCAAUCUCCCGCUCGUUACGCCAAGGCACGACACAUUCUAUGCUAUCGAAGAUCCGCAUGGAUAUAUCGAUUACCCCUUCGAGGGCGAACCCCACCCAAGCCUCUAUUGA